AAACACGCGGAACAUCUGCACGGCCGGCUGAACACACCGCCGUUUCAUCUCGUUUUAGGGAACUCGCGCUUCCUGAACGAUGGCUGUUUCUGCACUGUUGCGGAAAACUUGGUGAAAACUCUGCAGACGCCGUGCAGCUGUGGUGCGGCUGCAGCUCUGAGAGGCUGCUCCUGCUGAAGUCCGGGUUCGUCCUGAUUCUGCAGCUCAAUAAUGUCACUACUUACGCAGCUGCGAGAUGAAAGUGAUUUUGAUCAGCUCCCUCCCGACAUCCCCAUCAGCGCCACCAUUGCUGACAUUGAGGAGAAGAAAGGCUUCAUUGAUUACUUUAGCUGUGCGGUCUGUGCUCCUCUUGCAGAGGUUUGUGAUUGAGGUGAAGACUAAAGGAGGGAGUAAGUACCUGAUCUACAGGCGGUACAGGGAAUUCCUCAGCCUCCACCAAGUACUCCAGGCCAAAUACUCUCCUGAAAACCCAGAGAAAGUCUCUCCCAACACCUGCGUCCUGCCUUCCCUUCCAGGAAAAAUCUACAUUGGAAACAAACAGGAGAUUGCAGAGAGCAGAAUUCCUGAACUCAACACGUACAUGAAGAGGUUGCUGGCUCUGCCAACAUGGUUGUUGCAUGAUGAGACGCUCAGGAUGUUUUUCUACCAGACUGAUCAGGACAGUCAACAUCAACCACGAGCCCUCAGGCGUCUCCGCCCUCCUACCCGCAAAGUGAAAACAGUCAAACCACCAAAGAUGGAAGUCUUCUCCUCCCCCAGGGCUGAGGCGAUGUUCGACUUUCGCGGCAAUGGGAAGGCAGAGUUGAACCUCAAGAGGGGAGAAGUGAUCUUCUUGCUGCGACGAGUCAAUGCCGACUGGUUGGAGGGCACGGUUAACAAUCAGACAGGUAUUUUCCCAGAGUCCUUUGUGAAGAUUAUUAAACCCCUCCCAGAGAGUGACUCAGAAGGUGAAGGUGGAGGUCAUACGUACAGCUGCCUGCGCUGCUUCCUCCUCACUCCCUCUGGAGUUGAAACCAGAGAUGUGUGUGUGCAAGAGGACCUUACCAUCCAGCCAACAUACGAGGACCUGCUGUCUCGCAUGAGGAACGUCUUCAAGGUGGAUGAUAUCGCCCUGAACUACCGUGACCCAGAGGGGGACCUCAUCCGUAUUCUUGAGGAUGAAGACGUCCAGCUGAUGAUUAGGGAGGGCAGGUGUCAGCAGGGCAAAGUCAAGAGACCUGUCAAUCAGUUUCCAUGGGAACUGCAUGUGACCAUGGCCUCCGACCUUUCUGUUUACAGCUCUGAAGCUUGAGAGAGGAGGCAGAAAGCUGAGAGGGAAAUGUUUAAAUACUCACUUGGAGUUAUUAAUGUUUUCUUCUUGAGACCACCAGUGACUGUUGUUGCUGAUGUUAAUUAUAUUUUUCCAUGGGAUGCAGAUGGUCCAUACAUUUCACUUAGCAUUAAACUAAUUUAAUAUCA